UAAAAAUGACAGCAGCGCACAAAGAUAGAAGUUUAUUCUAGUGCUGAGCAGCUGUUGGUUUUGUGUAGGCUUUGUAAUUUUCUUUCUUAAACUUUAACAUUUACAUAACAUUUCGAAACAAGUUUCGUUUACAAUUUUUGGUUUAAUUUGUUCACCGACUAAAGCAAAAACAGCGCCCACAACCAGGAUCAGCAGAACUGCGACAUUGGAAAAAACAACCUCUAUCCGCUUCGAACAACAACAGCAAGCAGAAUGUCUGUCCGCCGCACAAUGUCCACGAGUGCCCAGGAGUGGCGCAAUUAUUUUAUGAGCACCCACUUCUGGGGACCCGUUGCCAAUUGGGGUAUUCCAGUAGCAGCGAUUGCCGACACGACUAAGCAUCCAAAAUUCAUCUCUGGCAGAAUGACACUUGCAUUGACGCUCUACUCGUGCAUCUUCAUGCGCUUCGCCUACAAAGUUCAACCGCGUAAUUGGUUGUUAUUUGCUUGCCACGCCACAAAUACUACGGCACAGACUUUCCAAGGACUACGCUACCUUAAAUAUAUAAACUCCCAAGAAGCCGCGUAAAUGAACCCACCCAAUCUGAACAAAAGCGCGCGAUGCGACAAUAGAAAUAUUUGAAUAACAAACAAAACGCAACAAUCGCAGCAGCGGCAAAAAUGACACCAACUUCAGUUUACUACAGUCACGCAAACCCUUCCAUCAAGCGUAAUUGUAGUUAAAUUGGCUAAAUCUCUGGCGGAUUCCAUCUCCCGUCACGGAUUGUUGUUCAACGCGCGCUGAACACCAAACAAAUCAAGGCUAUGCAAAAAAGUCAACGGUGCUGGUUUUGGACUUAAAGUUCUUACGGUUUUGGUUUUUAAAAUCAUUUUACGAAUUCGACUAACGAUAUGAUUCAAAAUUAAUGUGCAAUAGGCUAAUUAACAUUAACUGUCUAGAAUCUUGAAUAAACAAUUUAAUUAAUUGCCUCA